AAAACAGUUUUAUUUUACACGUUGCACUGAUAACACGAAUUAUUUAUAAUAGUGAAAAUGGCCGACGAAAAAUCGGGAAAAAGUUCAGAGAGCAUGAAGAAGACGACAUCUUCAAACGAAGUGAAUAUUGACCGAAUGUCAAUCGUCGAAGAUUCCGCUAUAGUAAUUAAAGGCAUCGAUGCGAACCGCUAUGCGACGAAGAAGACCGUUGCGCAGGGCUUGCUGGACAUAGCUUUGUUGACAUCGAACGCAUCGCAGCUGAAGUACAUCCUACAAGUGGGGUCGAAGCACGAAUUCUAUACGCUACUCGUCACUUUGAUCACCAUAUCGAUUAUUUUACAGGUCUUAUCUGCCGUUGGUUCAGUAAUUCUUGGUUUCAUUUUCGACAUCAAUCACCAGCCUCACCACCGUCGAGCGGAAAUAUUGAAUAAUCUAUAUCUGGGUACUAAAACUAUUAGUACAACAGUAAAUGUGAUGAUUUCUGUAUUUUAUUCCCUUGACGUAUCGGCAAAUGUGCCAACCCUAAAUACUACACUGAACGCCAUAUAGCUGACAUUCUUUGUUUUAAAUUUCGUUUUGUAUUGUUCAAUAAUUUAGAUUGUGCCAAAUAAUUAAUAUAAUAACUUAAUUGGCGAAGUAGGUACCUAAUAUAGAAAUUUCAAAAUUAUUCAGUUAUUUUCACAAUUGUUUCAUUAUACUUUUUGCUUUUUACUUUAAAUUAUGUUAUAGCUUUCAAUGUUCAAGCUUUAUUUCAUAUAAUAAUAUUAUAUAGUAGUAGGUGAAUAAGGGACACAUUAUAAUAUACCUACUUAACGAAAUAAUUUUGUUUUACUCUUGAUUUCUUGAAAAUAACUAUACCUUUCAAUGUUGUAAACUUUGAAAGAUAAUAUUGUCUAAAGCUCUAUUUUUCUUUGCAAUUAAGUACCUACUACCUAUGUAGGAAUGCAGAUAUCACUAAGUUAACAAAAUUAAGUUUAAAAGGACCGUUAUAUCUUUAAAUAUGUAGGGCCCACCGCUGUCUACGUAGUUUUUGUGGAUAACAAUCUCUCUAUAAAUAUUUUUGAUUCUAAAGCACUGUUCUUUUUUUGUUACUUACAUAACUACUUAUAUAAUUAUUGUGACUUUGUAUAAAACCAUUUGCAAUAAUAUAUUUAAUAUAAUAUGUAAAUAAACUAUCCAAACUAAAAUUGUUCUUUCA